UCAGAGGGUUAUACUUUUAGCUUCCCCCAUCCUGCAAGGCCACUCAACCAUGUGCUAGAGGGAGAAAUCUUUAUUCACCAUGUCUUUACAAAGGCUUCUGCAACAGAGUAGCAAUGGCAAUUUGGUGGACUAUUGUGCUAGUGCAUCUUAUAGCUCUUACUCCACACUCACAGGCAGCUUCCGAAUGGAUGAUAAUAGAAGGAUUCAAAUGCUGGCAGACACAGUGGCUACUUUGCCUCGGGGGAGAAAGCAGCUUGCUUUGACGAGAUCAAGUUCUUUAGGUGACUUCUCCUGGUCUCAAAGAAAGCUUGUUAGCGUGGAAAAGCAAGAUAAUGGAACAUUUGGAUUUGAAAUUCAGACUUACAGGCUCCAGAACCAGAACACGUGCUCCUCUGAGAUGUGCACUCUGAUUUGCAAGAUCCAGGAAGACAGCCCAGCACACUACGCUGGCCUGCAAACUGGUGAUGUCCUUGCAAAUAUCAAUGGCGUGAGCACAGAAGGCUUUACCCACAAACAAGUCGUUGACCUGAUCAGAUCUUCAGGAAACCUGUUAACGAUAGAGACUCUUAAUGGAACAAUGAUUCUCAAAAGAACAGAACUUGAAGCAAAGCUACAAGUUUUAAAGCAAACCUUGAAGAAAAAAUGGGUGGAGUUCAGAUCUCUGCAGUUACAGGAACAGCGUCUGCUUCAUGGUGACUCAGGUAACUGCCCAAGCUUGGAAAACAUGGACAUAGAUGAAUCAGUUUUGUUUGGAACCCUGCCUGGGCCCGGGCCAACCCUCCUGGACCGGAAUCGAUUAUCCAGCGAGAGCAGCUGCCUGAGCUCCAUGACGAUGGACAGCGAGGAUGGCUACCAGACAUGUGUGUCUGAGGACUCAAGCAGGGGAGCCUUCAGUCGACAGACGAGCACAGACGAUGAGUGCUUUGUUCCCAGGGAUGGGGACGAUUUUCUAAAGAGGUCUUCUUCGAGGAGGAACCGAAGCAUUAGUACUGCCAGUAGUGGGUCCAUGUCCCCCUUGUGGGAGGGCAACUUCUCAAACAUGUUUGGGACCCUGCCCCGGAAAAGCAGAAGGGGAAGUGUCCGAAAACAACUCCUAAAAUUCAUCCCCGGCCUUCACCGUGCAGUGGAAGAGGAAGAGAGUCGCUUCUGAUAGGCUGUCCUGUCCUUUUAUAUUAGCUUAUUUCGUAAAUAUCUCUAGCCUUGUGUAGACCGACUCCACCCAGCCUGGUGGGAAAUGGCAGAUGGAUUGCAAAACUUAAACCACAUCUCGCGGCAAUAGUGACCUUUAUUUAAAUUUUUUUAUCAUUAUUUUUGCUUCUUAGAUCAUUUUGUAACCAGGAAACCUCCGUUUAUAACCAGAAAGUAGGGGGAUUAAGUAAUAAGUUAGAAAGUAUAACAAAAUUAAUGCACGUUCCUGCUCAUUCUAAUGCUGCCUGUGAAGGCAAGGGUUGUAUUUAUUUUCUAGAUUAUCUAUGUGAAAAACUGAGAACUUUUCAGAGUCAAGUGUAAAUAAAAGAGUGACGGAAUAUAAUUAUUUGGGAUACCUUCCAUAGGUUAAUUGAUAAGUCACAAAACCUCAGGCUUGCUUCGGAUCAGUAGCCUCCAGGAAGACUUAAUAAUAGGCAGUUUUGAAUGUUUCUGUUUAAAUCUGUGAAGGAUUAUAAAGAUGGUCGUCAGCUAUUUUCCACAAACACAGCAACAAUAAAGCAGGAAGCAUACAAUUUAAUAUUAGAGUUUAGCUCCAUGAGAUCCAUGGAAACAUGUUGUCUAAUAGGGGUGCUGAGGAAGAUUAUGAUAAGGUCUUUUUUAUAGGCAGCCUAACCAAAUAGGUGAGAAUGUCACUGAUUCAACUAUCGUUCUGCCUAAACGUUGAUGGCAAGUCUAGAAUUCUCAAGAUCCUGCAUAUAACUUCGUAAUUUUGUUUUUGAGCAAAUGUCUGAAAUUUGAAAAAUUAAAGCCAGGAAAAGGAUCAUCCUCCUGUAGAUUUUUUUUCACUUUAUUCCUCACUUUAUAUUAUAGAUUCCAAACAGUCGCUGCCUUAUUAGCACUCUUUCGUGUGUUGGUCAUGUUAGUAUCACAUUACUUCUAGCCUUUCAAUCACGUUUUCAUUCAGUAUCCAGUUAAAGUCCAUGAUUUCUCUGUUCUGGUGAUACAGCUGCUCAUGACCUAUAUUCUAGAGUAGACAGUGUAAUAAAUAGUCCUUACUGAUUUAAAGCUGUGUGUGUGUGUGUGUGUGUGUGUGUGUGUGUGUGUGUGUGUUUGGGAGAAACAGAUAUUUGAUAGAUGACUUUGAUGGAACCACACUUAAAUCAAUUGAGUAAAGAAUGAGUCAUUUUGAGGAAAAAAUGGGAAGAGUAAGGAAGCUUGUAAGGUAAUAAACGAAUGUUAAAAAUAAAAUAUAGAAAGAUUUCUAAUUGGGACCUGCUUCCCAUUAGUUAUUUGAACUCAAAAUUAUCCAGUGGGCUCUCCCUGAGAAUCACUCAUAUGAAAAGCAGUUUGCAGUGUUUCCCAGGAACAGUUACAAUCCUGUGUCCUAUUUACUGAAUACCUAGCAGGUUCAAGAUGCCUUCUAUGUUAUCUAGCACUGGUAGAUAAGUGUUAGGCCUACAGAGAAGGAGCAGGAGUUCAGAGAAGUUCCCAUGGCCAAUGUCAAGGCUGAAAUCGGAAGCCAUUUCUUUCCAGCUCUGGCCUAUCCCCAGUCCUUGGAGAUUUGUUUACUCUUUUGCUGGUUCUGUGUGGUCAUCACCACAGAACUUCCCCCACUCCCACCCUCAGAGAAUACAUAAAACACACCCCUCAGAGACUCUGCAUGGAUAAACAAUGUCUUUGGUAAAAAAGAAAACAAGCCCAUUUAGAAUGACUCUUGGCCUCCACAAGCUAGUUUUCAAAUAUCGGCACAUUAAUAACUGCGUGAUUAACAAUAAAUUUAUGUUCAGCAAGGGCUUGCAAACCAAGUGAUUGGCUGACAUUGUUUAUUUCCCAUCACAGAUUAGAAUUCUCAUCUGCAGUGUAUUUUGUUAAUCCUAUUUUGCCAAUCCAGGGGAAAGAAAUCAUCACAUUUGUUUGAAGAAAGAUGACUUUAAAUUCUUCUACAACAUGAUCAGUGUUUGAAGAACUUCCACAGAUCAUCUGGGGAAGCAGAUUAUAGGCUAUUUGCUUUUCUUACGGCUUUAAGUGUUCAACAUAGUGUAGUAUUUCUUUCUUACAGUAAACAACAAAUCCAAAAAGGUGCAGGGAAGGGACAAGCAAGUUUUACUAUAGCCUGAGGUAAGAAAAAUUAGAGUCAAGAGUUUGAUAUGUUCUGGGAAAAAAGAAAAGCACUUUUUAACCAAAGUACAGGAAGGAAGGGUAUCUCAUGUUUUGUGUGUUCACAAGUUGUAAGAAAACUAGCUGUUCAGUGGAAAUGUGGGUACAGUUCUCACAGGAUGGCUUUUCAGACUAUCUGACCUCAGUGGGGCUUUAGAAGACCUCAUUUCUCUAAUCUUUUGGUGUACAAGUGACUCACUUUGAUGUAAUUUACUGGGAAAAGAAUUGAAAAGUUAGGUGUUUUGUUUUCUGUGGAUCCCAAAGUUGUCAAUAUAUGAUAUUCGUGGAUUUCA